AUGGAGAGAUUCCACUCAGAUUCCUUCCUCACUAAAGAGGAACAGAAAAAGAUACAGCUGGCAUUUCCGGUGUUUGAGGCCGCCGAUGGAGGCCGUGAUCACGCGCCAGUAGAAUAUGUUCAAAUAAAAGAACUUGCCGAGUCGGUCCGUAACUAUGGAGUUAGUGCCAAUUUUACUAUUGCUCAAGUCGAAAGGCUUGCUACUCUGGCCAUGACUCCAGGAGACUGGCAGACAACAGUGAAGGCUACGCUUCCCAAUAUGGGACAAUAUAUGGAAUGGAAAGCCUUAUGGUAUGAUGCCUCUCAGGCACAGGCCAAAGUCAAUGCCAUUGCUGAAGGCAAUCAGAGAGACUGGACGCUUGAUCUGUUAACAGGACAAGGGCAAUAUGCCAAUAAUCAAACUAACUAUGACUGGGGAGCAUACGCUCAAAUUUCCGCUGCCGCCGUUAAGGCAUGGAAGGCACUUUCCAAGAAGGGAGAGUCCGGGGGACACUUAACGAGAAUCAUACAAGCCCCCCAGGAACCAUUCUCAGACUUUGUGGCUAGGAUGAUGGAGGCAGCAGGCAGGAUCUUUGGAGACCCUGAACAGGCAAUGCCUUUAGUAGAACAGUUGGUUUAUGAGCAAGCCACACAGGAAUGCAGAGCAGCUAUUACGCCUAGGAAGGGCAAAGGAUUACAGGACUGGCUGAGAGUUUGCCGAGAACUUGGAGGCCCGCUUACUAAUGCCGGCCUCGCGGCUGCUAUCCUACAGAGCCAAAAGUGCUCAGGUACAGGUGAUCACAAGGUCUGCUAUAACUGUGGCAAACCAGGACAUUUGAAAAAGGAGUGUCAAGCCCUCACUAGGAAGAGAGCACCAGGACUGUGUACUAAGUGUGGGAAAGGCUAUCAUUGGGCUAGUGAAUGUCGCUCAGUUAAAGAUAUCAGAGGCAGGCUUAUUCAGCCCAGGCCUCCCCAGACAGAAGAGAGUGAAAACAUUCCAAAAAACGGGUAUCUGGGCCCCAGGUCUCAGGGCCCCAAAACAUAUGGGACUCCAGCUUACAACAGACGGACUCCACGGUUCGCAGAGCCACUAGAGGCUCAGCAGGAGUGGACCUCUGUUCCACCACCCAAUUCAUAUUAAUGCCACUGAUGGGUGUACAACCCGUCCCCACUGACUACAAAGGCCCCCUACCCGUGGGAAGUGUUGGCCUUAUUAUGGGACGGUCCUCCUUAACUUUAAAGGGACUAAUUGUUCACCCUGGAAUAAUAGAUCAAGAUUACACGGGAGAACUUCAAGUUCUCUGUUCGUGCCCUCAAGGCGUUUUUUCCAUUUCCCCAGGUGAUAGGAUUGCUCAGUUGAUUAUUCUUCCAAGCUUACAUGAUCAUUUUCCUUCUUCCGGGGUCCCUAGAGGAACCGCGAAGUUUGGCUCUUCCGGGACUGAUUCUGCUUAUUUAAUGAUGGACCUUAAUUCCAGACCCUCUUUAGAGUUGAAUGUAGAAGGGAAAAAUUUUAAGGGAAUUCUAGAUACAGGGGCUGAUAAGAGCAUUAUCUCCUCCAAGUGGUGGCCUAAGGCAUGGCCUGUCACUCAAUCAUCCCAUUCCUUACAAGGACUAGGGUAUGAGGCCAGCCCCACUAUCAGCUCACGCUCCUUGAUUUGGCAUG